UCCGAAUGCAUCAGCUAGUGCCAGUGAACAGCGUUUUAUUUCCGUGAAACGUUUUCUCACAGUUCUUUACUUUCUUGGGGUAUGGCAGUCCUUGACGUGUUAUUCACUACUGUUGUUCUUGCUGUUUUAAUCGCUGAAGGUAAGAUUCGCUGAAGAUUGCGUGAGUUUGUGCAUCCUCAAGGCAGAAGCUUCAAAGCAGUAACUGCAAACCCAGAUGAUGCGGAAGAAUGAUCAUGAAGCCUUUUUGUCUUGAUCUAAAUUUAAAAGCCUAAAACAGCUUAUCAAGUUUUAUUCACUGAAAGAAUUGAGGCUUGAAAAAAAGCAUCACCGCCAAAAAUAACAGAUCAUUGGUUGAGUAUGUUGAUCAGUGUUUAUACUUAAGGAAAACCGUGUACCUUCACGUAUGGAAAUUACAGCUGAAGCAUUGUAAUUCUUAAUGUCAGUUAUCAGUCAAGGAUUGCAAUAAUAUUAAAAAUAAUUGCACGUUAUUAACUCCUUAAAAUUCAUAUUUCGUGAGGAAACCACAUUAUAACAACUUGCCGUCAUGGUAAAGACAGCAAAGAGAUUUUGUUCAGUCGAUAAUGAAAUAAAUUUAAUUUGCCCUUCAGUUCAUUGGGUAUAAGUGAGGCUAAAGCUGCCUUUGGCACAAGUGCACAUUAAUUAAUGCCGUGAGAGUCUUUGAUUAGCCAAAAUUGAAUGAUCCUAAGGAAAAAAGGGUUUUGAGAUGUUUUCGCUCAUACUGUGAAUGUUCUCAGAAAGCCCAUGGAUAUACUACACCAAUGUUCACUAAAAUUUCCAUUCAUCAGUCACGAGGUUUAUUUUGAUUUGCAUGUCCAAAUUACUUGCAUUGAUCGUAUCUAUUUCAUAUCAUUUUAUUAAUUAACAACUAAUUUAUGAAAUCUGUUAAUUGACUCUUGAAGAACAUAUUAACAGCUCCUAUUUUGAAGAGUUAUAUUUUCUCCUUCAAUACAAGGACAAAAAACCAACAGUUUUCACUGUUAAAUUUUAUGGUCAGAAAAUUAAUUAAUUAAGUAUAAAAACUAAUUUAGUUCUUAUCAUUAUUACAUAAUUUAAUCUAAGCACAUUAGUAGAUUGAAAGCAUAUAAAAAUUAUUGCUAAUGUGCAUAACAGUACAAUUUUAUACAAAUUCUUUUAGAUACAUCAGCCACAAACAGUUAAAAACAUCAUUCAGCCAUGCAACCCUUUACAAUACAAACCCAGGGUUUUCAUCGAUUUCUAGUAGCAGGAGAAAGGUGUAACAUUACAGGAGAAUAUCUGAAUAAAACAUAGUCACAGGCUACCGAACGUUAGCCAGAUAAUUUUUCAUUGUCAUGAACACCCUGCAAACCCAUGUGCUUUAGCAGAGGUUUGGACAUGGCUGGACAUAAAGCUUACAUAAAACUCCCCUUAUUUUCUUAGGGUCUGAAUAUUUAGCCUCAAUAGACUUUUUUUAAUAUUGCCCUCUGUCAUAUUUUUAAAUUGUCUCUUACAUGUGUGUGCAUUAAAAUUUAAUUCCUAUAACAACACCAGAUCAGCAGCUUUGCUAACAAAUGUUUUGCUACGAUGCUUUCACGUCUCAAACAACUAAAGAACUCAUUUUAUGGAUUUGAUGCAUGUCCAUGGAAUGUAUUACCUGAGAAUAUUAGGAAGUCAAAAAGGAAAAAAAAACGAGCAUUGAAAUGCUUACUAUUGUUCCAAACUCGUUAAAAAUACUUGUGGGUAGUUAGAUCUGCACUGUCAUAUUAAUGUAUUGAAGCAAUGAUAGUUUGAGACAUGUCAGUCUGUAUAUUAGUUUUUACAAAAUAAAUUGUUUCUUUGCAGUUCCUGUUAGUGACAGCCGCAGUCCAGUAAGACCAAUAAAUCCACAGCUGUUGGUAAGGUUUGCUCCAUGUACAGUAGUUAAUAAUAAUAUUAUCUUUUACAUUUAGCCACAGGCCAUUACAAAUCUAUGAUAAAAACUAGAAUAACAACUUUAACUCCAAGACCAUAAGGGUAGGAGGAAGUUAGGGUUACAAAAUUAGCUUGACUUAUGGAUUGGUAAUACAUCAUGAUCAAAGUAACAAUAUUUUAACAUUUUCCAUCCGUUUACAGUUCUCUACAGAAGAUUGUGGCAAAACAAAAGGUUGCUUCUUUAGGCCAGAAUCUUGUUCAUCUCGAACAAGUGACUGUGAUUACUUCAUGUCAUAUAGACCCGAUGAAUCAUCCAUUACGUUUGAAUUGAGCAGUAAGGAAAAAUGGAUAUCAGUUGGAUUCAACCACAAAGCCAUUAUGGUAAUAAACUCUUUUGGUUGCAAUGUUUCAGUGGAGACGACCAAGGCUCACCCUCCUCUUCUCCUUAAAUCCUCACCCUUCUGUUCAUAUUUUAGUUAAACUAAGGAAGCCCACUCCUUAUAAUCCCACUCAGGGGUUUCAAUAAGCACCGACAGCCAGCAAAAUGCGUCGGCUACUUUGGUCAUAGAAGUCAGCUGCUUUUUUCCAGAAAGAAAAAGUAACUAGUUUGAAUAUAACCUUGUAAACAAAAAUAUAUCAUAAAAUCUGUAUGAAAAGCACAAGGCCCACUGGUUUUACAUUAUGCUUCAGCCAUGUGAAUGCUAUAUUUCAGUCAAUUUUCACAGUUUUACACAGAAUUUGUUUACGUGCAAAGUAGGUAAUCUAGUUUUCAUCAUUUGUUCAUUGCUUGUAAGAAUGGAUCAUGUAACUGAUAAAUUGAAAGGUGAAUGAAAGCUACAUUUUCUAGAAUAAAAAAACAAUGCUCUUUUAUCCUCAAUUUAGUCCCCAGAACGCUGAAAAUCGCAUUUUAGGGCUUUGAAAUUUCAAAAUUUUCUGGAUAAGCAUGCCCCCGGACCCCCUCCCCCACCCUAUAAGAAAAAGGGGACUAACAGCCCCCUGUUGAUACAGUCAGUUACUCUAUUCAAACCUGCUGGCUACUUCAAUUUUUAUUGAAACCCCUGCCAGUGGCUUCCCUUGGGCUUCCUCGCCAUUAGCUUUUUAUUUAGAUUUUCUUGUUUUUUUUUUUGUCCAUCAUCAUGGCAAAACAAUAAACUGUACUUAACUGAGCAUACACCCAUACCUUCAAGAAUGUGUCCCCCUCCCCCUUGAAACUUAUGAUACUAUGUACAUCCAAUGUCAUAAAUAACUUGUAAUGAAAUUUAUUAAAUAGCCAUUGGGGUCUUUAACUUUAGGAUGGUACAGAUUCCAUCAUAUGUUCAUCUCUUGACAAUGGAAGCAAUGUGAUUGGCCAUUAUCCUGUAAAAGGAUAUGACACACCUAUUAGAACUGGCGAGGUAAGAGUUAAAUACAGAACUUGCUGGUUUGGAGAAAUUUCAGAAAGACCAAUAGGUCAAUUACCCAUGCAAAACGUGUGACACUGGUGCAGUGGUGCAUUAGUGACUUACAAGCAUUGUACAAAUGGCUGCAGGAAAUAACCAGCUUUCAAAUAUCUGACACUAAUAAUUAAAAGUGAGAAAAUAAUUGUGCUUAAAUACAUCUGCAUGUGAUUCCUGGAGUGUUGCCAUCAGGUUAUUUGCAACUGUGAUUCAUUAACUAGUACUUGCAAUACUGGCAUUUAGCUUACAUUUUAUAGUUGAUUAUCAGAAAUUAAUGGAUUGACCCAACCAACUGAUCAUUGAUUAUUGUAAGAAUGGUAAUUUGUUAACCAAUAUCCAAAAAGCACUUUUGAGCUAUUAAGAACUUACUUAAAAGUGUCCUUGAGUUCCUGAGCAAAUUGGAAUUUGGAAGUGUUGGUUUUCGAGGAGAGGGGAAAACUGGGUACAUGGAGAAAAACCUCUUACAACAAGGGAAAGAAUCAACCAGAAAAUCAACCCACAUUUAUGGUGUCAACACCAGGAUUAACCCCAGGCCACUUCAGUGGGAGGCAAGUGCUCUUGUACCUCUGUGUCACCCUCGCUCACCAAUUAUAAAUAGGAAAGAUCUUUUUUUUAAGAAUUCAAUUUACUUUUCAUCUGUAUGAAUAAGUCAAAGUGAUAUAAACUUAAGGUGAGUUUUCCCAUGUGAGCAAGACAUCCCUACAUACCAACAGAGAGAGAAAUCAAAAACAUAUGGGCUAAAUGUAUCAGAAAAGAGCCGUCAAUGGAUUUAUCAUAAAGAUUGGGUGGUUGCAUUAGGAGUCCACUAAAAAGACAGUAUACAAGUUUUUAAUACUGUCAACAAUUAUUCUUAUAUUUUGUCAAAUAUUUUUAACUGCUUUAUUGUGUUGCCUAACAUUUUCAAUGAGCGAUUUAUUAUUGGUGAUCAGCAAACCAGUACUACCAACUAUCCCCAAAAUUAAUACUCUCAAAAAUACCUUUAAAACAUUUGUUUUUUUUUUCAUAUUUACUUGUACCUCAGUGAACAAUUUUUUUUUAAUGUGGCAUUUAAUUUUUUAUCUUUUGUUGUCAUCAUUUGCCAGGAAAUACCAGAGCUAAUAUUUCAAGAAGUCGUGAGAGAACAUGGGAACACCAAGUGCAAGUAAUUGAAUGUCACUUAAUUAUAACCCAACUAAAUGACAUGUUUUUAAAAUAUUGCUACAAUAGUAGUGAUCUCCAGUGGUUAAAUGUCUUAACUUAAAGUGACUGAAUGAUUAAAUAAAUGAAUGGUUGACAUUUAAAAACAAAACCAACAAAUUUCAAAGCAAUCAGGCAUUUCUGCUAAUUAGAGGCAUCAAUGAUUUUUUCUUUAACCAGUGCCCAAGGCUGUGCUCUAAGGGAAAUUGAAGGGAGCCCAGUGCUCUGAACCUGUAAAAUCUAGGGUGCCCAGCAUAUGAUUUGUAUUAAAAAUCUGAGAUUUUCUAGUCACCCGAGGGCAAGAGUUAGGCGCCAGGGGCCACCAGGCUCUGCUAGAGCACAGCCCUGAGUGCACCUGAUAGUUAGUGUUUGGGAAAAAAGGAAGCAUUUUGGGUUCUGUUUCUGUGCUGUAUGAAUCAGGGGCAGGUAAUGGAAUUUUAAUAAGUCCAAUUAUUGGACUUCUUUUUCUGGUUUUGUGCAUUGGAAAAAGGAAGUCUUUAUGAGUACAUUCCUGUGCUGUGCCAGUGGGAUUGUACAGGUUUAGUUUUAGCCUGAUGAGGCUUAUUGGGGUUACACAAUUUGGGCCCACUCACCAGGUAGUAACCAACCCCCCACAUCCCCUCACCGAGGUAUUACCUUUUAUAUUGAAAGAGUCAUUAUAAUAUAGAAUGAUAUGAUAUUACUUUGUGCUUCCAGAUGCAGUGGGGAUGGGGGCGAGAAUUAAAUAGAAGUGUGCACAGUUUGUUUGCAGAUUUGCUUCAAGUUUGCAUGGUUCAUGUUUUUUAUGUAGGUUCAAGAGAGAAAAAAAGAGCAGUAUGAUGUCAGCUGACCUCAACAAGGAUUUGUUUGUUAUCUUUGCAUCAGGACCCAUAGGUGUGAGUUUAUUAUUAUCGAUAACUAGUUGAAUGCUGGUAGCCCACAUAUGAAAGGGGUGGGGGAUGCUCAUCAGAAAUUUGAAUUAAACCCCAAAAGAGACUGAUCUGGGCAUAGCCCAAGCUUUUUUUUACCCCUAAAAGAGACCAUGUUAAAACACAGACAAUACACAUAUUUUUAUAUUUUUUCACGUGCAACCCUAAACGAGACCUUCAGAGCUAAAUAUGACAUUGAGAUCAGUUGGGAGAAUUUGGACGCAGAUACUGGGGCUUGUCAAAAGUUACUUGCUCAAGAGGAAGAAAAUCUACUUGUCCUGGACUACUAGAUGGAACUUUUUUUUGAGCCCUGUAGAGAACUCUUUUUUCAGUGCUUUACAGCACAUUUUUGCAGGCGACAAGAGGAGCAUGCAAUCCUAAUCUCCAGGUUGUUAUCGCGCAUGCAUCGCGUGUAUGUAGCCAGAAUUCAUUUGGACUUCCACUAACAAUGAAUGGAAUGCAUGGCAUGCAAUUUGAUCACACGUGUUUGGACCUUCUAUCCCUAAUAAUUUGAUCACGUGUGUUUUGACCAUUUGUAAUGUGAAACUUACACAAAGCACACUGAACGUUGGAACAAAAGUGUUUUGACCUUUGAUCGUUGUCGCCCACACUCCAUAACCUUUGGUUAUUACUAGAAAUAUUUAUUAUCCAUAUUCAGAGUUUUGGCACAGUUUGAAUUGAUAUUAAUGUUAAAUUAUCAUCAUAGACUGUGACUGAAAAGCUUGCUUUACUUUCUCAUAAGUAGGGGAAUGUCAAAAGAAUUUAUGGCAUGAUUUAGUGUGUAAAGGAAAUGGUUUCCGAUAGCCUGGGGCUGGUGGAUUUUGCUAUUGGGCUAGUGAAUUCUGUUCUUCACUUGCCCGAUGGGCAAGUGAGUUUUUUGGGAGAAUUCAAAUUAUCAAUCCUGCUUGUCAAUUUUUUUCUUAUCUGUACAUGCUAGGUACAGCUUGCCCAAAUGGCGAGCUGUUAAACUGACUUUCUUUGCACCCUGAGAUUGAAUAGUGCUUCUCAAGCUGAUAAUAAUGCAAACUUGGAAUGAAGUCUAAAGAAACCGUCAGGAAAUGAUAAUCAUAAUAAUGAUAAUGAUAAUAACUUUGAAUGAUCAAUUUGGGUCAAAUAUAUGUUGUAUUUUUCCAUUGUUUUUGGUCAUGGUAAUGUAUGUUAAUGAAUUUAAAACAAAGGAAAAACAAAAAUUAACUGAAAUAAAAAAUUAACUGCAACGUAGAUAUUUCAAACUAAUUAUUAUAACAAGGUAGACAGUAAUAAUAGCAGGUGGCAAACAAGGCAAACCAGUUGUCUCAAGGAUUUGAACCCCAGGACUACUCAGUCACGUUUGCUCUGAUUAUCAAUUUGCCGACUUAAAACUUGCUUAUUGACGUUUAAACUUCCGAAACUCUUUUGAGGCUGCCCAAAAUUUUCAACUUAAAGCCUCAAUGUUGUUUGAAAUAAAAUGAAAACCAGUGGGGAAAACCAGUGGGACUGGACUGUACUCGCCUCAAAUGUAACGAAGACUUUUGCCUGUUUUUGUAUUUGCACCAUUCAGGAGAUGAUAAUUCAUUGAGAGAACACAGUUGGAAAGCUCACUCCAUGAGCCCUGUCAAUCUCGCUGAAAUAGAGAUUCUUGAAGCUUCCGAAUUCGACCUUUUUGUUAUUCAACUUCAUGGUAGGUUAAAACUUUAUUAACUCUUACCUUCGCGGAUCAGAAUCGCGCGCAUUGGAUUCCAAUUCCCAGCGUUCCCCGCGCCUCUUCUCUAGUCCCUGCGCGUUCACGAACUUACGGCACCACAAACAAGCCUUUAUAAUGAAGGGAGAGGGGUUCGUAAACAAGACUGCACGCCAGGUUUCCCUUGGAAAAAUUAAAUGAACUGUUGACAGUGGUGGACGUUGUUUCCCGCCUCUCGUGCCCUCCCGCCUGUUUAUCAAUUCCUCCUUGCUACCACCCCCCUGUUCUCCGUGGGCACUAUACUGUCAAAUUUCUAUUGUUUGUUUUCUUGUUUUUUUUUAAAGCUAUUUUGAUGGUAGUGGCAUGGGUAGGAUUUGCGACAAUAGGAAUGUUCGUUCCGCGAUUCAUGAGGACAGUAUGGGGUGUAAAAGAAAUGUGUGGAAAGAGGAUCUGGUUUCAGGUACAGUACUGGUUUUUAUGGGUCGUUUAAGCAGUAUUUUCAACGCCUAUUUGCACAGUCUGUUUUUUUUUGCACACGCUUAAACUUCAACUACAUCUGCUUACUUCUAUCUGUUUUAUGUUACAGUUACAUCGAACUCUUAUGAUACUGACGACAGUAUGUACCGUUGCUGGAGCUAUUCUUGCUUUUGUGUAUGUUGGAAAGUGGUCUGAGGUACUGCUAUUGUAAUAUUAUUAGAGACCUUAAGAUUCUAAGACGAGAACGACUACGAGUACGAGAUUUUCUCAAUACUUAGCAGUGCUCGCGCGUGAACCAGAGUCAUUUUUGCGCGGAGAACGUGAUAGCUGUCGUCAUUCUACCACAAGUUUUAUCACGAAUCUCGUAGUAGCGAAGUUUUAUCAUUCUGCGAUCGGAGAAGGCUUAUCCUCCUUCCAUGAAGAUAACAGUGCUAACUUUCCAGGCGAAUCAAAAGUACAAUGAAUCUUUCCGGGGUGCAGUCUAUUUUUUGAGAAUAAGCGAAAAGACUUUCAGUCAAAUCUCGUACUCGUAGUCUUUUUUCGACUUUUUCGUCGUUAAGGUCUCUAUUGACUAUCGUGGGCGUAUCAAGGCAGGAGGGGAAGGGAGAGGAGGUAUUUCUACGUAAGCGUAAUCAUCAGUUUGUUGUUUUAGAAAUCAUAUGGAAAGUGAACGUGAGCCACGCACGAACACGAUUCCCGUACCCUUCACGAACGAUUUCGAAAAUUGCCGAUGGGCACCCGUUCGUUUUUAUCAGAAGCGUUACAUUCUCCUUUCCCCAAGCGCAAGAUCAAAGCAAAUGGAUGCUAUCACUGUGUCACAAGAUCUUUGAUCGUUCACACGGUUUAUUGAAUACAAUCAUUUCAGUGCUGAAGAAAUGAACUAUGUUUUUAUUGCUGUAGGACGCUGGAGCUCAUCCAAUCAUUGGUACUAUUGUUCUGUUUUGCUUUUUUAGACCUCCUCCAGAUGGAAAAAAUUCAACCAGUUUUAGAGUGAUCAGCAUUUUUCAGACCUCCUCCUGAUGAUCACAAAAAAGGAAAUGAUUAAGGGCAACGAAUGAGAAUUCAAAUUUUGAUCUCAGGGUUUAAAGGGUUAAAUAACUGUUAUUUGUUACUUGUUGUUACAUUGUUAGUGUGUUGUACAGCUCCUUCAGAAACCACAGUCCUAAGUUUUCCUUCAGAAACCACCAAUAAAGCAAAAACCCUUUCCUGCCAAAAGUUUUCUCAAAUUUAAGUCUAAAAUUUUGAGUCAAUUAACAAUCAUUUAAACCACAACUAAUAACCAUUGCAAUUAAAGGGUAUUUCUUGGUUUUGCGGAAAACAGCAAGUGGGGUGUGUCUUUUUAAUCUUUUUUGUUACGCCAUUUUGCGAUUGCACUUGUCCGCAACACCAGGAAACCUACCAGUUAAAAACAAAAAUUUUCCAUAACUUGAGAUUCGUUCUUUGCUCUCAGACGGAUGUAUUUCAACUGGGCGCAUCGAACCUUUGGAUUAUUAACACUGGCUUUGGCAGGUAAAGGAGAAACAUUUAGUCAAACCAUGUAAUUAAUUGUUACUAUCUAAAAAAGGGGCAGGUAACGAGCAUACGUAGAAUGGAAAACUGAAAAACGGGAAGAAAAGAGAGAAUGGAUAAUGACGUCACUGAUAGGGCUAGGGGAUAAAGUUAGUUUUGUUCCGAUUUUUCGUUUUUCCCGUUUCCAUUGCCUGCUCCAUGUUCCCUGUUCCCCGUUCCGUGUUCCUAAUUUUACAACAUCCAAAUUUUUGUGGCGUGUUCAAAGUAAAAUCAUGAUCAUUUCUGAUAAUCGUAAGCAGGUAUUUAUAGUAUAGAAAUUGUAUGAGCUUACUUACCAUCAGUGAUUAAUGGAUAAUGGUGAUGUUUUCAAAGUUUUUAAAAUUUUACGAAACUUUUAUGAACUUUCCUAUUGUUACGAGGUUACAAGUACACAUUAAUGAAGUUGGUGUUGCGUUUCUUAAUACGGGCAGGCCUGGGGCCUAACCUUCAUGUUCUACUGGUGUGCUUUAGUUGAGUACCAUGCCCGGCCAACUGUAAAUGAAUUUCCAUGGGUCAGCUUCGGAAGUCUUCGGCUGCCUUCGCUUUGUUUCAGAACAUUUUUAACAGUCUUCGGUUUUGCAGAAAAUUCGGUUCAAAUUAAACAUGGUUAGAAGGCAAAAUAUUGUGGGCCACUUGGGUUAUCAAUAAUAUCGGCAUGAAAUUAUUGGGUAAAUGCCGCAGAGUCCAAUUUUAGAUUAAUGAUACUCUGUUGCUUUAGAAAGAAGAGCUGUUAAGUGUAAAAUGAUUCUGGGAAAUACAGUUGUAUGCACCCCUGGGACUCAAUAAAGAAUAAGAAAAUCUUGCGAAUCAGAUACGACUGGUCUUUUUUUGAACUUCAGAAAUUUAUAUUUCUCGGGUGACAAUGCAUGUUUUGAGUAGCUGAGUAGCUCAAUGCUAAGUAUAAUGUCAUUGUACUCUAAACGCUUACUUAGACAUUUUAAAACUGCUGGGACCGACGUCAAGUUUCCUUGUUACAGAAGUCUGUCCUCCUUAAAUAACUGAAGAACGGGCAGCGAACAUGUAGGUGUCUACUAAAAAGUGUCUAAUAAAAGGAUGUUGACUAGUUUUGUUUGUUUUGCUUUUUCUCCUGUAGUGGUAAACAUAUUUCUGGGUUCAAUAUUACCAGUAUUUCAUCUGGAAGUCUCAGCAGUAUAUGUCAUGAUAGUAUAUCUCCUAGCUCUCGCAUUCGUAAUGGCAUUUGAGCUCUACUUGGCUUGUAGCGAAGAUAAAAGUGAUGAAGAUUACCGGGUGCUUGCCAGGCCUCACGAUGAUGAGGUGGAAGUCGCUCCAGUUCGUGUACGUCAAGCGCAAAGUAACUUAAGAAAGGUAGGUGACUGAACAAUUAACUUUACAUCUCCCAGCAGCCUAGUCUCUAAGCGUUCACUCUUGCCCCGUUGUCCGCGCGAAGUCUGGGAAAGGGUGGGCCUGUCUCUCUCAGUGAUGUCACAGCUCACGGUAGGGUCUAGGAUUGACCAGGCGAAAAUGCCUUGGGACUGGGAUGAUCUCCUACAGAGGGAACCUAUUUUGUUGCAAGAUUUCUGUUACUGUAACUAACGAAAUCCUGUGGUGUAACAACAUAACCCUUUAAGCCUCAAUUUCCACCAACAGAUUCUCCAAUCUGAUCUCCAUGUAUCUAUCUAUUUCGGUCACACCCGCACUGAUUUUAUAAGUCUGUCCCAUUCCCGUUUGUUGGCCAUGACAGAUGCGAGAUCCUGCCUCGAAAGACCGCUGUCACUCUCUAGUAGGUCAAUAAAUGUUGUUUCUGGGCGCCCCCUUGAGCGUCUGCUGUGUUUUGGAUCUCAAAGUGUUAGUUGGGAAACAGUCUCAUUCUUGCUUCUCCAAUAGUGGCCACUUAACUACAGGCGACGUUUUUGAAGACUUAUUGAAACUGGAGGAAAAUCCCUGUUAGAUAUAUGAUCUCUCCAGCUUAUGUUUACCGUUGCAUGUAGCAGCCUGAUCUCCAUAGAUUUUCCUAAAGAACUAUUUGAGAGAUUUUGAUAAAGACUACACUUCUUCUUCCAAGAAUUCCACCUAUCUAUGACUCCCACAUGAAUCCAACCUUCAAACCAUUUGCAAUGCUAAUCUGUUUUGUUUUUAAUCCACCUCCCAGAAAUUCAGGCUUUACAACAUCGUGUUUGGAGUACUGAUUCUACUUGUUACUGCUGUGUGUCUGGCCAUGUUUGUGCUGCUUACCACUCAUGAAGAUUCCGAUGAUGAAGAGGCAAAGAGUACAGCCAUCCCCGGAAUUCACUAAAUUCAAAUACUUAUAGUCUACUACAAAAAUCACCGAACGUUCUAUGGGCCCUUUGCAGAGAACAGUCACAUACGAUAAAAACUCCUGAUCAUUAUACGUUUCUGAAAAACUGCCCACCUACCCCUCCCCUAAGCCAACAUUAACAGUUACUUCUCACUUAGGGCAAAAUGUUGACUAAGGGGAGGGGUAGGUGUGCAGUUUCCCAGAAACGUACAAUGAUCUUGGUGGACACGAAGGAGUAGGGCAAGUAAAACAAAGAGAUUACAUCGUUCCCAAAGCUCAUCUUUUCUUUUCAAGAUCACAUUGAGUUGUUUGCCCUCCAGCAAGAAAUUUUUCUCCUAUGUGACAGUUUCUUUGCAAAGGGCCCAGAGAUGUUAGUAGCAUAGUUGGGCCUUUUUAGACCGUUCUUUGCGACAGGAGCAUAAUAUCGCCUUGCACGUUUCUCUUAAAUGCAAUGUAAUGCAAUCUGAAUGCAAACAAGGAAAACAACUAGGACGUUUAGGCAGGUCGCGAAGUAAUUUACAGAGAAACGUUAUUGCGACUUCUAGUUUUAAAAAUUGUGUUGGCCAUGUUUAUGUUGGUUACCACUCAUCACGAAUCUGGUGAUAACGAAGUAGUCUGUCCUUCCACCGAAAUCACUAACAUUUUUAAGCCCCCUAAUACGAAAACCACUGAACCGUGGUAUGGUUGUGAGUAGUACAGUGGGAACCGGUUAAGACCGUUUUUGCGAUAGGAGCAUAACAAUGUCCAGUAGCUUUCUACUGAGUGCAAUGCAAUUUGGAUGCAAACACUUAUUACAUUUAGAACGUUAAACUAAUUUAUAGAAAACCUUUUUUGCGACGAUACCUGGUGUAAAUACAGUCAACUGUCGCCUUGCGGACACCCCGAUAAUACGGACAGCAGCUAAAUCCCCGUAAAAACAAAUUACAGACAUUUGACUGAAAUAAACUCUCGCUAUUACGGACACCUGCCGAUGAGGACACAAACUCGAGGUCCUUACAGUGUCCGCACUGUAAAAGGGAGUUGACUGUAUUGUGGUUAUUUUAAUUUGAAAGCACCAAACUUGACGGGGGGGAGGGGCUUAUCUAUGGAGGGAAAUUUGCGUUUCAUAAUCGAUUGGGCUAGUCUUAUAGUUAGAAGGAAAUUUACCGUUUUUGCUCUGGUUUAAGGGGGACUUAUAUUUGGAGGGGCGAUUUAACGGAAGGUUUUUUGCGUUACGAGUUUGGGGGGCUUAUAUUUG